AUGUACAACACCACUUCUGACAGCUCCAACUUUUCUCUAUGGAACAGCGCUCACGACAUCAAGUCUUUCAACGAGUACAUAGUGACGAUGUUGGUCUUACAUUGUGUCGUCAAGCCUGUCGUUGUUGUCGUCGGCGUGCCAUCCAACAUCAUCAGCUGUGUGGUGUUCUGGCGCCAGGGACUUGGGGACCGCAUGAACGUGUGUCUCUUGGCGCUGUCACUGGUGGACCUGUGUCUCCUGCUGGUGUCUGUGGUAUUCACUGUUGGUUAUUAUUUAGAACAAAUUGAUUCUGUCAAUUAUUCGGGUCUCUACGCUUUUCUUUUAGCAUUCCUGUAUGGAGUAAACCAGGGAUUUCGAAGUGCAUCCGGUUGCAUCACUAUGGUGAUAGCCGUCGAGCGGUGUCUAUGCGUUCAGUUCCCUUUGAAGGCGGCUAAUUUGCUCAGUAGUUAUAUCAUGAUAGUGAUCAUGGUUUGCAUUGUUUGUUUUACACAGCUGGGCUUUUUCACUGCACCUGCAGCAUCUGUAAUGGUUGAAGUGACCAAUGGCUCUUCAAAGUUUGUUACUACCUUGUCUGAGUUUUAUAUUAACAAUCAAGUACUAUGUGAUAUAUUAGAAGGCAUCGUGAUGAUGAGUGUGUUACCUCUAACAACAUUUCUAGUCACGUGUCUGUCGACCUGUCUGACCGUGGUCAAGCUGAGAGCCGCUAUGACGUGGCGAGGUCAGGUAAGCAGCAGUAGCAGCGAUAAAGGUCAAGGCCAGCAAAUGGCACUGACCAAGAUGCUUGUAGUAGUGUCCUGUGUCUACAUCCUCACCACCAUACCAUGGGUCAUCUUUUACAUGGCGGUAUUGAUGGUAGAAGAUUUCUCAUCGCAGGGUCAGUACAAUAAUGUUUACUGGACAUCAGCAGUGAUAGCCAAUCACCUGGCUUACAUCAACAGCUCGAUAAGUUUUUAUAUCUACCUCAGAAGGUCAACUCGCUUUAGAAGAGAUGUUUAUACUUUAUUCCGCUGUUCAUCCAUAAAUCGAGAUAAUAAAGCAUUAAAUUGUUCUCAGAAACAAUAA